AUGAUUGCUCAUUCUGCCAACACAACAUCCACUAUCACCAUUACUACAACUACCACAUCAGAAAUCACAACCAUAAUAAAUACAAUGCGCAUCAUUCCUAAUAUUCCAGUCGAUGCCCGAUGGGCACAGAAUGGAGUGACUGUUGCUGGAGGUCAUGGAAAAGGCAGUGGCAUCAAUCAACUCGACGGGCCUUCUGGUCUCUUCGUUGAUGAUGAUCAAACGAUGGUCAUUGCUGACUACUACAAUCAUCGUAUCACCCAAUGA